AUGAUGUUCGAUUUCGAUGACCUGGAGAGAGUGCUGUCCGAAGACGAGGCAGAGAAGUCGGACAAGGAGCACCGCGAGCGCAAGCAGGUGCCCUGCCGGCCAGCACGUCGCGCCGAGCACCAUGGCGACGAGGGUCGCACAGUGCGAAUCUGGGCCAUAUCCGAUCUCCACACCGACGACCCCAAAAACAAGGAGUGGCUCGAACACAUCGACACCAAAGACACGGCCAACGAUGUCAUCAUAGUAGCUGGGGACAUUUCUCACAAGUGGGAAGUCAUCCGCGGCACCUUGGCCUUCUUCAAGGAGCACUACGCCAGGGUGUUCUAUGUGCCUGGAAACCACGAGCUUUGGGGUGGUGCUGACGAGGACUCGAUGCGCCGCCUGGACCAGCUGCUGACGCUCUGUGCAGAGCUGCGCGUCGAGACCGCACCCGCAGAGGUUGCAACAGGCUCUCGCCGGGUGCUGAUCGUCCCGCUGUUUUCCUGGCAUCAUCCCCAAUGGGACACGGAGCCAGACAUCGAAGGUUGGCGGGGCUUGCUCCCAGUGGAUCAGAUGCUCAGUGAUUACCCGUUGACGCACUGGCCGCGUGGAAUCUCCAUCAAGGAUGGAAGUGCGGCGAGAGCUGUUGACAAGGUCAACGACAGACUCAUGGACUGGGAGCAGGUCCUUAUUCGCCGUCGCAGCUACCAUGAAGUCUUGUCCUUCUCGCACUUCCUCCCCCGGGUGGAGGCGAACCCUGAAAAGAGAUACCUUUCCUAUCCGAACCUGGCGAAGGGGAUCGGCUCGAACUACUUGCGGGCACGUGUUGAAGCGCUGAAACCUGACGUGCAUGUCUUUGGCCACACCCAUUUCGGCUGGGAUCUCGUGGUGGACGGGACUCGGUACGUGCAGGCUCCGUUGGCCAUGUCAUCUGAGCGGCACUCCCGUGGUUCAACGGUAGCAGUUGGCGACUUUCCAGAUGGCAAGUCCAGCCCGCAUCCGUUCCUGGUCUGGCACUCCCGCACUGGCUGGGUUCCGCACUGUCGGGGAGCCUGGUCAGCUUAUGUGGAGAGGUAUGGUCGGCGGCCAGACGUCACGUCUUUGCUUCCAUCCUACGUGGCCGACUGCGGCCUUGAGCCCCUGAGUGGCAUCUAUGGUUCCAAAGCCAAAGUUGGAUGGCUGCCUGGCAGGAUGCCUGUUUGGCUGUUUGGGCCGCGUGAGCAAAGAAUUCGCGAGGCGGAGGCAGAAGCUGGCAAGGUCGCAGAACGUUUGCGGAAAGAAGCUGCCGGCACCUUCAAGCGCGCGGGCACCUUUAAGCACCGGAAGCAACAAGUUGGCUCCGAUGAGCCCCUCCCCAUCGAGGCAUCUGAGGUUGCUGUCCUCAUGCACAAGGGAGAAGUCGCGGUCCUUGACGUGAGGGAGGGGGACUUUGCCAGCCGUCCUGCUGGCUGCGUGCCCUUGUCACACCCAUCAGAGACGAGCAAAUUUGCGGCGUUGCCGGAUGCAGAGCUUCUGGAGCUUGGUGAGCGGAUCAUGCUGGGGGAGGGGCCACGCAUCCUGGUUGGCGAGGGCAGCUCCCCAGCCAGCUGCCGCCAUGCGGCGCUGCUGCUGGCUGCACUUCUUCGUUUGUGGCCAAGGGACGUGCGGCCACUCCGCGGUGGCUUCGAUGCCUGGGUGAAGCAAGGCCUACCAGUGGAGCACGUGAGCUCCGAGGGUGCUCUGCUUCGGCAGGGAGGCUACUAA